CUCGCGCUGGCCAAAAAUGUGAAACCAAAUCCGAGCAGCAGGUCACAGAGCCUAGUUAUUUUAAAACCAAUACUCAACUACCUCGACAGGACCAUGGAAGUAACGCGGAACGGGCAGUUUAAAGAAAUAACCGUCGCCUUGAGAGACAGAGUAAAAUGAGGGAGCGGCGAUAUGCUGCUUUAAUGUUUAUUGUUGUUGGGCUGCUCGUGCGUCUCCAAUGUCUCUGCCCAUAGUUCUGCCUGGAUCUUGUUGUCGUUUAUCGGGGGCUACUUUAGCCCAUCAGUUCGCAGACGCAUCUUACAGAAGCCGCAGCCGCCGUGUGUCCGCUCUUCCGUCCCGUAUGUCUGGAUCUCAGACGCGGCUCAUCCCGGCGCUGCUGCCCGCACGCCCUCUGCUCUCCCUCGGCUUGCUGCAGCUGGUUCUCGGCGGCUCCAUGGUGGCGCUCUCUUUCGGGGCUCUGUCCCUUAGCAACUCGCCCCCUAUUAGAAACUCCUGUCCGUUUUGGUCCGGAUCUUCUGUCAUCCUAUCUGGGAUUAUAGGACUAACCACAUGGAAACGGCCAAUGCUUCUGCUGGCAAAUCUGUUUGUAUUGCUGUCAGUGGUCUGUAUCUUGCUAAACCUGGCAGGCUUCAUCCUCUGCUGUCAGGGGGCUCAGCUGGUCUCCAGUACCAUUAACUGCCAGCUGAAUGAGCUGGGUGAUCUCUGUUACUGUUGUUCAGAGAUUCCAAGCACUCAGUGCCAAGAGGACAAGUUGAUUGAGAUCUAUGCAGGUCAUGCAUGUGGUACAAUGAGAAUUCUGCUCAAGAAAGUGCUCUUUGCAUUGUGUGCACUCAGUGCUUUGGCCACAGCUGUGUGUCUGGUUGCUGCUGCGCUCAGAUAUCUCCAGAUCUUCUCAACCAGACGACCCAGCAUGGAAGAGGCCAGGCCCGUUCCAGAGGAAGUGGAGGGGCAGACUCAUCUUCCUGACCCUGACGAAUUUGUCGCUCCUGCACCUCCUCCUACUUACUUCUCCACCUUCUACUCUUACACCCCGCGCUUGGCUCGCAGGAUGUUUGGUGAUGGUAUGAUUCCUCUUCCUCAUAUAUAUGGUGCCAGAAUGAAAGGAGUGGAGGUCUUCUGUCCUCUAGACCCUCCUCCACCUUAUGAAGCUGUUGCAUCAGAGCCAGCAGCACAGGCCCAGAAUACUGAGGUGCAAAUGACCGAUCUGACUGAGGUCCUGACAGAGAGUGCAGAGACGGAGACGCCCGGCGAUGACAGGUGCCGUCAGACGGCCAUAUUGAGCCCCACUCCCCCGACACAGUCCAGACAGCCUCACAGCGCAGUCUCCUCCAGCAGAAAACCUCACAGACCUCACCUCCGCAGGUCCAGCAGUGACCCCGUCCUGCUAGACCUGACCGCUAAAGUAAUGAGUUGUGAAGCAGCUACUCAGACAGAAUUAGGCUCAGUGACUGUAACAGAGCAUGGGACGGUUACACUACGACAGGGCCGUGGCAAACGGAAGCCUCGUCCCAACUCCAUGGUGGACUACCAGAGCUAUAGAGACACAAAACUGCUGGUGGCCCGUUUUCUGAAGCAGUCCUCCUGCAUCUUGACCCCUGAGGUACAGGAGCUGGUCAACAGCAUCAAAACAGUGCUGCGCUCCGACGAGGAACACAUGGAGGAGGCCGUUCGCUGCGCCAGCUUCAUCGACCAGGCCAUCACAGUUUCAGAGGUUGCACCAGCGCAGUCCACCCUCCGCAGGCAGGCGCAGAUGGAGCCCACCUCCAACACGCUGCACAAACGGCCGGGCAUCCUUCACCUGCGCAGCUGUGGUGACCUCAGCUCCUUCACCUGGGCGCAACUGCAGGACGGGCCGGAGCACAGGACAGGCACCCAUUCUCAAACUAAUUCCAGGAUGGGCUCUCGGGCAGGAUCCCGCCGCCUGGAACAGGAGCGUCCACACAGCCUUAUAGGAGUCUUCCAAGAAACUGUCCUCUGAGUGACGUGUCCCAGUCGAGUGAAGGUAUAGUGAACAUCACAACAUGAAGGAAGCUGACAGAGGAUUUCACUUCACUUUUAAAACAUAUCUGAUUUUGUUGUCAGUGUGUAUAGUGAAUAUUAUUCAUCUUUUUUUUUUUAGCUUUUUCAGUUGGAAUUCCAGUUGUUUGGAUUUACUGAUGAUUGUUUUUACUUUUUCCACAUUAUGCAUUAUGAUAAAACACUGCGAAAAAAAUUCCUGGUAAAUGUUUAUUUACACAAAUUAACUAUAUGAAAAAUACAAUAUUAAUAAUCAUUAUAAGAAAAACAUGCAAAUGUAUGGCUUUAUUUAGUUUAUGUGAUGUGGGGAUUGAUGUGGGGAUGAUUAAAUCAGCAUAUUGUGAGGUAGAAGAUGAAUUUGUGAUUUUUUUCUUUUUAUUUGACCAUUCUCAACUAUUUUAUUAUUUCUCCCAAGAUGUCCUUCUGAGAUUUUGUGCUUUAUUACUGAAUUGGCUCAUCUGCAUUAUAUGGGUGACCUAACCUACUAUCCAUAUUUCCCCAAGAUUAAAUAUGAUC